AUGCUCGUCUCCAAGCUCAUUGCCCCGGUCGCCUUCGCCGCCACGGUCUUCGCCGAUGGCGCGGCCAUCAACGACGGGCUGAAGACUGUCGACGCCGACAUCAAGGCUCUCACUGCUAGCCUCACGGGAUUCUCAGGCGAUCUCUUCGCCGCCAUUCCCGUCCUCGGCGCGACCUUGACCCUCAAGUCUGCCAUUGACAAGACUACCAAGACCGCCAAUAGCUCCGAGCCUCUCUCUUCCGAUGACACUGUCGGUCUUGCCGACACUGUCGGCACAAUCAUCACCGAUGCAACUGCCGCGAUUGAUGCCUUCAUCGCUGUCAAGCCCAAGUUUGACAAGCUGUUGAUUGUCACCCCUAUUGCUGCUGGUCAGGUCAAGGGCCUCAAGACGUCGACCGCCGCGCUUGGCGACGCCAUCAUUGCCAAGGUCCCGGCCGACUUCAAGGACGUCGCCACCCAGCUCGUCGGCCAGAUCAAUGCCCAGUUCGACAGAGUAAGCAAGUAUAAUAGCUUGGCAACAUAG